GCGGGUUUCUUCUGUAUUACGCAAAAAAAAAAGAAACGAAAAUAAAAAUUAGACCACAAUGGAUAGCCCUAAUGAUAGCGAUAGCGUAUAAAAAGACCCUUGAUUUUGAUCAAUACGAUACAAUUCACUUUAACAGUUCUUAGAUAAAACAUCUUUUCUUUGCAAUCAAUUAACAAAGUUUAUAACAAAAUGAAAUUCCUUAUGCUUGUGGGAGUGAUCGUUACGAUGAUGGCCAUGCUGGUAGCGGCCCAACCUGUGGAACAAGCUGAAGCUUCGGUGGGCUUGGCCGAUGUGGCUGAGGCCGGAAAUUUGCAUGCCAAUGAAGCUGCUCGUCAAGCCCGUGGCUAUGGUGGUUAUGGCGGUUACGGUGGUGGUUAUGGCGGUUAUGGAGGAUAUGGAGGAUACGGAAAAUAGAGCUAUUCCUUUAACGCCUACUUGAAAGCGCCGCCCUUGACACUCGAAAUUAUGUGAAAAGUGAAAAAUAAAAUAUUAA